GCAGUCGCCGCUCAACCGGAGAACUGUGAGAGGUGAACCCGCGAGUAAGAGGAAAUCAUAAGACACCCUCACCGAAGGCACUCCAGACUGCACUGGGAAUCGACCUGGGAUUCGCGAUACGAGGGCGGCCACCAGGGUCGAGGCUUGUUGCUGACGUGAGAUUGGAGGAGUAUUUAAUUCUUGAAAGCUUGAAAAAAAAAACCAAAAAACUAGUAAGUUAAAACUUGGUGUUUUGUUUGAUUAGUUGGCUGUUACAAGACGAGGUGCACGGCAGGAUUCCGAAGAGAGAAGAGACUACACGAAGGAGUGGACGAGGGUGCAAGCGGAUUUCAGUUGUGCGGUGCAGCUUAACAAGAUUCAUCCAGCAAAUUAGAGUCAAUCCAAAGCCAUGGAUUCAGCCCAGCCGCCCUUCGAGUCGGAGAUGAUGACUAUUAUACCAAAUGGCAAGCACAGCGAGGACUUGUCUGUGCCCAUGAAAAUCCUGCCGGAGGAGGACAGGUUUGAGGAUACAGAGGGGCACACGGCAGAGGUUCAAGAAUUCUUACCCCACCCAGAUGGAAAGAAGCCCACUCGUUUUACAGAUUUUGAAGGAAAGACUUCAUUUGGCAUGUCUAUCUUUAACCUGAGCAAUGCCAUCAUGGGCAGUGGAAUACUGGGAUUAGCGUACGCCAUGGCCAAUACUGGCGUCAUCCUCUUUCUUUUCCUGCUAACAGCAGUGGCCACCUUGUCAAGCUACUCAAUCCACCUGCUGCUGAAGUCUUCUGGGGUUGUGGGGAUCCGAGCUUACGAACAACUUGGCUUCAGAGCAUUUGGCACCCCAGGAAAACUGGCUGCUGCCAUUGCCAUUACCUUACAGAACAUUGGUGCCAUGUCCAGUUACUUGUUCAUCGUCAAGUAUGAGUUCCCUUUGGUCAUCCAGGCUUUCUUGCACAUUGAAGAGAGUUCUGCUGAGUGGUACCUGAACGGAAAUUACCUGGUGGUGAUGGUCUCGGUGUGUAUCAUCCUCCCACUGGCCCUCAUGAAGCAGUUGGGUUACCUCGGAUACACCAGUGGCUUCUCCAUCAGCUGCAUGGUUUUCUUUCUCAUUGCUGUGAUCUACAAAAAGUUUCAGGUCCCCUGCCCUUUUCAGGAAUUUCACUUCAACAGUUCGGAGAUCCUCAACACCAGUAUGCUUGCAGAUUCAAAGAGCAGCCACGCCGAGGAUGAGGAGGAGCUGAGCUGCGGCCCUCGUAUGUUCACCCUUAACUCACAGACGGCUUACACAGUUCCCAUCCUGGCCUUUGCUUUCGUCUGCCACCCAGAGGUCCUGCCCAUCUACACUGAGCUUCGCAACCCCUCCAAGAAGAAGAUGCAGCACGUGUCCAACAUUUCCAUCACUGUGAUGUACGUAAUGUACUUCCUUGCAGCUCUUUUUGGAUACCUUACAUUUUACGAUAAAGUCGGAGCAGAGCUGCUUCACACCUACAGCAAGAUCGACCCCUUUGACACGCUUAUCCUCUGCGUCCGACUGGCUGUGCUCACCGCCGUCACCCUCACUGUCCCUAUCGUCCUUUUCCCGGUUAGGCGAGCCAUCCAGCAGAUGCUGUUUGCGAACAAGACGUUCAACUGGGUGCGCCACAUCAUCAUUGCUGUUUGCCUCCUGACGCUCAUCAACCUGCUGGUCAUCUUUGCUCCUGGAAUUCUGGGCAUCUUUGGAGUGAUUGGGGCAACCUCGGCACCAUGCCUGAUCUUCAUCUUUCCAGCCGUCUUUUACAUACGCAUUGUACCCACGGAUAAAGAGCCCAUGACCUCAACUCCUAAGAUCCUGGCCGCCUGCUUUGCAGCCCUCGGAUUCCUGUUCAUGAUCAUGAGCCUCAGCUUCAUCAUCAUCGACUGGACAAGCGGGAGCAGCGGCCCCAGCAGGGGCCACUAGGACUGGAGCUUGUGCAGCCCGCUCGCUCUUCGGCCAUCUUGACCUUCCAGUGUUUGUGUGCGGUUGAGUAGGGAGAGAGUGUAACCGUCCGAGGACGCACUAUUCCUUCUUCCCGGCAGAGCGGGAAUGUCGCUUGCCUUUUCUUUCCAAUAGCUAAACGGCAAUAAGAGACGAAUGUGAAUCGGAAGUGAACGCGUGUGUAGAAAUGAUCAUGGAAGGUAAACACGUGCACUACGCUGCUUCAAAUGUGAAAAAUGAACUCCCUUUCAAAACGCUCAAGGGCCAGUUUGGCAAUGUUGGCCAUCUUUCAGCGUUCACCCGAGUGUCCAGCGCAUCUGAUUGUCUCUUUCAGAGGGAAUGCAUUGGACUCAAGGGGGCAUGGACUUUGUGUUUUAUGUGCCAUCCUGUUGAUGCCAAAGUUAAAGUCUUGUGUUUUUAAUGCUAAAAUGAGCCCCACCUCAGCUUUUGUGUCCACCGGUGGAAUAAAG